UUCUUUUUUCUUCCUUGUUUUUUCUUUGUUGUUUUGCUGGUGGAUGUAAUACCCUUUUCCUCUCAUGUCUGUUGUUGUGUGGCUGGAUCUACGUGGCACAUGUGUCGGAAAGGUUGUUCUUUUUUCCUUUGGCUGCUUGAAAAAGACGAAGAAGAAGUUUGAAGAAAAAGUAAAAAAGCUGAACCUAUGCGUUCGAGGGGGGGAGAAGGAAGCUAUGACGCUUUCAUGACGGUUGAU